AUGCUGGUAUAUUACAUGCUAUUAUCUCUUCCGAGAACUUCGGCAACAGAUUCAGGCUGCCGUAUAAUGUUCGACGCACUAAGUUGGAUCAAUGUCGCCGUGACUGCAAUAUUGGGUGUCAUCAUGAUCGCUCGGUUAUAUGCCCUGCAUCAACAAUCCAGACAAGUACUGAUAUCUCUCAGUGUCAUCUUCCUGGUUGUCAACAUCGCUGACGGAGUGAUCGCUGCAUUGGUCACGAGACGUGUUUCGUCGGUGUUUAUUCUCUUCGGCAUCACUCAGUGCACCUCUGACUUUCAAGAAGGCUCGGAUAAUCUACUUCUGGCUUUGAUGACCUGGAUUCUCCCCGCUGUAUGGGAGGCCCUUGCACUACGUCUCGCAAUCCGAAUUGCUUUCAAACGUCUGCGCGAGCUGCAGCGACCAUUGACAGGAUGGCUUGAUGCCGGAGAUUGUUUUGCGGUGUUAACAAAAUCUCACGUAAUUUACUUCGCAAGGACACAAUUAUCGCCGAACAUCAGAUUUAUCUUGGUUUAG